UUAUUUCUAAUGGAAAAUUAACACUAUUUUUUUUUUUAAUGCAAUUAUAUCAUUCCAAAUUUUCCAACUUAUUGAGGAUGGAGGAAGUGAUGAUAAAGAGAUUGAGGUAACAUUCAAGAAUUAAAAUAAUGGACAAUGACGUUGAUGGACUGCAGGCCUCCAUUGAGACAAGAAAAUGUUGGUGUUUUUUGGGUUCAAGGUGGAUGAGUGUAAACGGUGUGUAUGUCGUUACUAACAGCAGGCGCUAAAGAUCUCUCCUGGGUGCUGAAGUUGUUUCUCUUUGCUGCUGCGCUUGGAGAGAUAGUUAUAUGGUGCUGUUUUUGUGUACGGAAAACACGCAGUAGAUCUGGAGGGAAAAAAAACUUGAGAAAUGGUCAUAAAAACUCUGAAAGUCUGAAGCAAAUUCUGGAGGAAAAUGAUCUUCAUCACUUUUGGACUUGUGUCAAGGAGUUAAUGCUAUAUUUUAGUCUGGCCCCCAAGAUGGUCAUGUAAAAUCCACCGAUCAUAACGGAUACAAAAAGAGGACAAUGCAACAAUUUCCUCUCCAUUUUGGAGGCGCACUGUUGGACUUAUCCAGCUGUCCGUGUUGUAACGUCCUGAGAAGCAAGCACAGCCUUUCAACGCUACCAUUUUUCAACUUAUGGACGAUUCUGGCCGUUUUGACUUUUCCCUGCUGUGUGCAAUGCCUCAUUUUUAAAGUCGGGGUCGUCGGCCCUUGGAAUUGCGACCCUGUCUAUUCCAAAACAUUACCUGCUGUAGCUUCGAAGUUAGCCAUUAGUAGAAUAAACAAGGAUGUCAGUUUGGACCUGGGCUGUACGAUGGACUUUGUGGUUCUCCAAGAACCGUGUGAAACCUCAAAAGCACUGACGACAUUUGUGUAUUAUGAAAAAGAAGCUGAUGCUUUUAUCGGACCUGGAAAUCCAGGAUACUGUAAUGCAGCGACACUCCUGGGAAAGAACUGGGAUAAAGCUAUUUUUUCAUGGGCCUGCAUCAACUAUGAGCUCGAACGAAUUCAGAGCUACCCAACAUUUGCCCGGAUCUUGCCGUCACCUACACGGGUGCUGUACACUGUCUUGAAGUAUUUCAGUUGGGCCAACAUCGGUAUCGUUUCCUCUAAUGAGGACAUAUGGGUUGACGCUGCUACCAAACUGGCUAGCUCUCUCAGGAAUCAGGGACUUCCCAUAGGCAUUGUUGCCUCAAUUGGAAAUAACGACACAGAGAUGGAGAAUACACUGAGAAACAUCCAGAAUGCGGGGGAAAUCAAAGUUAUCAUCAUGUGCAUGCAUUCGGUGCUGAUUGGCGGUGAAAAGCAGCUGAAUUUCCUGCUAAAGGCCUAUGACAUGGGGUUAACAAGUGGCAGCUAUGUCUUUAUACCAUAUGACGCUCUACUCUACAGCCUGCCCUACACCAAUAUCUCCUAUUUUGCAAUUCUGAACAACACCAAGCUACGUACAGCAUAUGACGCUGUGCUCACCAUUACUGUAGCAUCCGAUCUGAUGUCCUUCAACCAGGCCUUUAAUAAAGCCAAAGAACAGCAGGAGUUGACCAUUACCCAGGAUCCUCAGCAGGUUUCUCCCCUUUUUGGUACAAUCUACAAUGGUUUUUACCUCCUUGCCAAAGCCAUGCACAACACCAGGAGAGCCAGCCAGUGGUUCUCAGGAACCAACCUGGCCUUCUACACUCGGAAUCUGACAUUUCCUGGCUUCAAUCAGAACAUCCAGAUUGACUCACAGGGUGAUGGACAGACCAACUAUGUCAUCUUGGACUCAGAUGGCUGGGGGACUGACCUGUACCUUUGCUAUUUGGUGGACCUUGGUUCAAACAUGGUGCGCUAUGCUGGCAGGUCUAUCCACUAUCCUGGGGGUUCUGGUCCUUCUGCAGAUUCCAGCUGCUGGUUCAAUCCUAAAACCAUCUGCACUGGAGGUGUGGAUAUAAUCUAUGUCAUCAUAGUGUUCGCAAUUGUCUUCGUUUUCAUUAUUGGUGCCAUUGGAAUAAGUCUGCUUAUAAGGAGGCGAAUCCAACAACUCCAACUGGUAAAAGGACCCAACAGGAUCUUGCUUACUCUUGAAGAUCUCAGUUUCAUCAAUCCCCAGCUAAGCAAACGGAAAAUCACCCUGGAGGAACUCAGUGACUCCAAAAGCAUUGCUGAUGAGAAGAGCAUGAGGUCGGCUGAACACUCGGUCAACAGUUUGGCAGCAGCCACUCAUGAGACCUCCAACGUGGCCGUCUAUGAGGGUGACUGGGUGUGGCUCAAGAAGUUUGAGAAGGGUCAAUUCAAGGAAGUCAAGCAGAGUACCACCAAAAUAUUUACAAAGAUGAAGGAUCUCAGGAAUGAGAAUGUUAACCCAUUUCUUGGGUUCUUCUGUGACUGUGGCAUGUUUGCUGUGGUCACAGAGCACUGCUCAAGAGGAAGCUUACAGGACCUACUGCGCAAUGAUGACGUUAAACUAGACUGGAUGUUUAAGUCCUCCUUGCUUUUGGACCUCAUCAAGGGAAUGAAAUACCUUCACCAUCGAGAAUUCCCUCAUGGCCGACUAAAGUCACGCAACUGUGUGGUGGAUGGACGAUUUGUGCUCAAAAUUACAGAUUAUGGUUUCAAUGAGCUUCUUGAAUCCCAGAAAUCUCCAAAGGAGGAACAUUCACCAGAAGAUCUCUUCUGGACAGCUCCUGAACUUCUCAGAGACCCUGAGAGCCCACGAAAGGGGACAUUUAAAGGCGAUGUGUACAGCUUUGCCAUCAUACUCCAAGAGGUGGUUGUCCGUGGCGCUCCAUACUGCAUGCUUGGACUACCACCGGAAGAGAUUAUUAGGAAGGUGAAGAAACCUCCCCCCAUGUGCAGGCCUACAGUUGCUCCAGACCAGGCUCCACUAGAGUGCAUCCAGCUGAUGAAACAGUGUUGGAGUGAACAGCCUGACAGGAGACCCACCUUUGACGAAAUAUUUGAUCAGUUCAAGCUUAUAAACAAAGGCAAGAAGACCAACAUCAUAGACUCUAUGUUGCGCAUGCUGGAACAGUACUCCUCAAAUCUUGAAGAUCUAAUUAGGGAGAGGACAGAGGAGUUGGAGAUAGAGAAACAGCGGACAGAGAAACUCCUGACUGAAAUGCUCCCGCCAUCUGUGGCUGAGGCAUUGAAAACAGGUGCCUCUGUGGAGCCGGAGUACUUUGACCAGGUUACCAUCUACUUCAGUGACAUAGUGGGCUUCACAACAAUCUCCUCACUCAGCGAUCCAAUCGAGGUUGUGGAUCUGCUCAAUGACCUCUACACACUAUUUGAUGCAGUGUUGUGUAACCAUGAUGUAUACAAGGUGGAAACCAUUGGAGAUGCCUAUAUGGUGGCCUCAGGACUGCCAAAGAGGAAUGGCAAUAAGCAUGCAGCUGAGAUUGCCAACAUGUCCCUGAACAUCCUGAGCUCUGUGGGAUCUUUUAAAAUGCGUCACAUGCCAGACGUUCCAGUCAGGAUAAGAAUAGGCAUUCACUCAGGGUCAUGUGUUGCUGGAGUAGUGGGUCUAACAAUGCCUAGAUACUGCCUUUUUGGUGAUACCGUCAACACCGCCUCUCGUAUGGAAUCUACGGGACUGCCUUAUAGAAUUCAUGUGAACAUAAGCACUGUGAAGAUUCUCCAAUCAUUGAAUGAGGGCUACCAGAUAGAAGUUAGAGGAAAGACAGAGUUAAAGGGUAAAGGAAUUGAAGAAACAUACUGGCUUGUUGGGAAAACGAACUUUACAAAGCCUUUACCGAAGCCUCCUGAGAUCAAAGCAGGGGAUAACUGGCAGGACAUGGUGACAGAAGAGAUCAAGGCGAUUUUCCGGAAGGCAAACAGACAAGUGGACAAGCCCAAAAUCUGAAAGCAAAGUAGGAAGACACAGGGACAAAGACGAAGGAGGAAGAGUAUAGGAUGGAUGGCAGAGACCUAUAAGAGUGUGUGAGUGUGUAUCCGUCUGUGAUCGCUGCAGCUUACAGAGACUUCUUUAAUAGGAUUGACCCUCGUCUGUCUAAUCUGCCUCUGGCCAGCACAGCAGAAAGAGCAGCACACUAAUGAAAUGAGAGAUGAGGAAACGGGUGAUCAGAGAGAGUGUGUUCUUGCUCAGGAUGAACUGCAAGCACGGGCCAUUUGCUUUGGCCACCAAGUGGCUCUUUUCUCAUUUUCACUCAGGUUUUUGUCCAUCGUCAUCCAGAUCUCACUGUUAUGAGAGUCAUUUAUGCUAACUGAUUAAUAUCACUGUAUUUUUGGUUGUUGUUGUUUUGUUUUGUGUGUGUGUGUUGUGUAUGUGUGUAUGUGUGUAUGUGUUUCCGCCCUAAAGUAAAAAGAUGAUGAUUGCGUAAUCAAAUUGGCCAAAGGUUUAGCCAAUAUCUUUACCUAGGAUUUAAUUCCUUACUGAUAUAUUCAGUUUAACUUUUUUUUAAAGGCAUUAUGGAAAAAUGGUUUAAUAAGCAAGAGUCAUGUUCAUGUUCACAUUAACGAAGAAGACAAAAAAAAAAAUCAAACCAAAUCACUAGAAAGCAGAACCCAGUAUGUAAAAAUAAAUAGCUUUUCAUAGAACAAGGAUGAGCAAAUGAAACCUCUGGAACAACAGAUGGUUGGUUUUUUAAAUCCAUAUGCAUAUGAGGUAAGAUCUUAAUAAUGUGAUUAAUUUGUUCUUUUUUCUGUUUAUUCUGUCUGAAUGUUUUCUUUGUAAUCCCAUUAUCCAACACUACAUUUAUACUUAUCCAUAUAUAUUUAUAAAAUAAAGCUGUUUUAGUUGCUUGGCCUAUUAAAUCUUAUUAAAUAUAUUACAUAUCUUAAAUAUAUAAAGCUCAUGACAGAACCACCUGAUGUACAGUGUAACUGCAAUACACUAGUCCAUCAGUCUUUUAAUAUUCUGGCAAUGGAUGGAAAGAAGAAGAUAAAGGAACAUGCUACAUGGUGUUUGAAUGGCAGAUCAUGACAUUUUGGGGUUGGCACUUUAGCACUAAACUCAAGGCACUUUGUGGAUAAAAUGGAAAAGCCCUGAUUUAUUAAGGUGAGCCACAGACUGUGGUGCCAUUCAGCCCAUUUUCCAGCAUUGAAUCUAAGAAAAUGAGCAGAAAAUGUAGUUAACUAGCAAUGUGACAUUUAAACGUCCAAAUUAUAUUACAAAAUAGUGCAUUAUAUUGACUAUUCAUUGAGUCGCAAGGUUGUUGUUAUUAUUAUAGAUUAUUAUACUGAAAAACCUCAACUCAUUGUAUAUAUGCUGUGUGUAUGAAUACACAAAAAAGUUGCCAUUUUAUUAGGUACAACAAUCUAUUAAUGAAUAAACUGACAACUAAUUGAAUACUACAAUACAUUUUAUUUAUUUUUAGGACAACAUAUCACAACAUAGUCCAUUUCCAUAAUGGUAAAUUCAUCACAAAUGGUGGAGCCACUACACUCAAACUACAAAGACUGUGCAUAAAAAUUCAACGGUUCUUUUUAACAGCUCACAGCUAUGGUCUAAUGACUUUAACAGACCAGCUGUAACAUUAACUGAGAAGCUCAUCAUACAGUUACCUGAUUUCUAAAAUGUUUACAGGUAAAGGCUGUAAAGGCUGAGAAGGGCUUUAGAUUUCAUUUAGGAAAGUUUAUACUGCACUCCUGUGGCUAAGUCUGGUAUCACAACUUCUCCAUGAAAUGUAAUAAUAAUAAUAAUAAUAAUAAUAAUAAUAAUAAUGUAAUUACAAACAAGUCUUGAACCACAAAUUGAAGUUCUAUGUCAUUAUUGCUACUUAAUAUCACCAUUAUUUUAACUUCUUAAUGUUAUUUCAACAUAUUAUGUUAUUAAUUUGACUUAAUAUCUCAUUGUUUCAAGAGAGUAUGUUGUUUAAACUGAUAUUUUAAUUAAAACUUUACUUCCUUAAUUUCAAGAUAUUGUAUCAAUAUUUAUAGUGAUUAUCUCAUUUUUUUACUCAAUAGUUUGUUAUUGCAAUUUGUUUUUAAAUAAUGAUAUACUAUCUUGAAAUAACAAGAUCUUAUGUAUAAAUAAAUAAAUAAAUAAAUCUAAUUUGAUCCACACAUGUGAUGUUCAUAGCACACCACCAGGUGGCACCUUCUUCACCAGUGCUCUUGAUGUCAUGUCUAGUACACAUUCUUCUGCAUGUCACAACAUGCAAACUUUUUAGGCUUCAAAAUCUGAUUGUAUUGUGUCCUUGCCUUUGUUAACAACAUACAUACAUUUUCAGUAAUUAUAUUAGUAUAUAGUGUUAGCUAUAUAGUGUUAGUUCUUUUUGGUAUGGAAGCACAGUCUUGUUAACCUUGCCCUCCAACAGGACCCUAAACUCCAGUUUCUAGUCUAAUUCCUAUGUUAUACAACUCAUUAAUUGGCUUUCUGCCUCCAAAUGAAAGUCAGUGAUUUUGUAUGUUGGUUCAUUCAUGGCCCUCAUGCUAGCAUAGACUUUGGGAAAAACAGCAUCUUGGUCUGGUGGAGAAGCAAGAGGUAAGCAUUGUCACCAUCAGGCACAAGAUAACGCCCCAUUGUUCGAAUACACAUUCCAGCCAUGAGAGGAAUGUGACCUAUCUAAGAUAGGGAUCAGCAUGUCUAGAGAUGCCUGAACAACAUGAAAUGCUGCUAAGAUACCAUUUUAAGGCCUUGUGCCCUAUACCAUAUGCCUGAUAACUUUUCUAGUGGAAACUUCUUUUAUACUUUAGAAUUUAAGACAGCCAAAAAUUAUGCCCUCGUAAUGGUGCAUGCUUGAUUCCCCUUUGUGGAUCAAGACCUUUUCAUGGUGAAGGGCUGCUUCUGUGCACCUCAGAGCUGUACAUUGGGAACUUAAUUUUUCCAGCAGGAAGAAUUUCGUGAAUAGAUCUGAGGGGAGAGAUCAGUCGAAAAGCAAACCUAAUGACCCCCAUGAAAGAUACAAAAAAGAUUAUGUGUACCAUGCCCAGAUUAGGAUUCCCAGGACCAACCCCUGGAACCAGGCCUGGGGAGGUGUCUGCACGUGAGCGUCUGGUGACCAGCCACCCAUAUAAUUCAGUCAGGCUCAGUCCAAAAAGGUAAGAUGGAGCCACCUUGAGGCCUCCCCACUUGCAAGAUGAAAGGUGAGACUUGGGUACAAUGGCAGUCAGGAGGCAGGCAUGUGAUGGAAAUUAAUUGAUUUAGACCCUUGGAAUUGAAACUGGCUUUGAUGCUUUCUAAUUCUUCUUUUUCUUUUUACUAUUUUUACUAGCACCUGAUCACUGUGAGAACUAUUAAUAGUCUCCAAAUAGGAAGUAGUUUAUGACACAAUGACAUACAAAGUAAUUAGGUAAAAAAAAAAAAAAAGUCUGCAUAGGGGGAUCCCAC